AUGAAGUCCAACGUUAAGGCGCUCCGGCUGCGGGAGAUGACUUCGCUCGAACCCCAGAAGCGCGUCCGCUGGCCCGUGUCGGUGCGCGUAGAUGGUUGCUCCAUGUACAUUGCAGACUACGGCUCCGACCGUGUGCAGGUGUACCAGAAGGAAGCAUAUCCGCUUGAGCCCCACGAGAUUUCCGAAGUCCAGCGGUCUCCGACGCUCUAUACCCAGUUCUGA